CACCCUCACCCCAGCAAAAAAGCCGGCCACUGCCGGAGCCUCCGCUGACCCUCCGGCGGGCGCCGCCCGCUGCUUCUCUCGCGGCGGCAUACACUCGCUGCCUAUUUUAGUCAACGCCGUCGCGCCGCGCUCCCGCACCGGCCCCGGCGGUGGCGCCUGACGCGGCAGCGAGCAGGAGCUGCAAAAAGAGGGACGCCGGGAGAGCGGACAAACUUCAAGCGAGGAAGGCGGCGAAGGUCAAGAACUCACAAAAUUGAUGUGAAUAAAGAUGGGCUUCCUAGAAGACCAUUUCAUUGUCGAUGAAUUACUGCAGAUUUUUAAGCUAAGAAAUGUUUGCUAUGAUGUCCUGCUAACACUUAAGGCACGGUCAGGAAGAUGAUGGAAUCCUUUUUCUUCUAACCUCACUUAUUCAACAAAAGUUUUGGAAAUCCAAAUAAUGGCUGAUCAUUCUAGUAUCUCAACUGUUGGAGGCAACUCAAGCAUUUGGGACAGCUUGAUAUUUGCACAUCCUGUCUGUGUAAACUGGAAGCCUGAUGCAGAAGGAUCUAUCUAUCAUUUGGCUAGCAUUUUGUUUAUUAUUGCCUUCAUGGGUGGAAGUGGGGUUUUUGGCCUGCUCUACAUCUUCUUUUUGCUUGGACUAGGUUUUCUGUGCUCAUCCGUUUGGUCCUGGCUGGAUGUUUGCGCAGCUGAUAUUUUCUCUUGGAAUUUCAUCUUGUUUGUGAUAUGCUUCAUACAAUUUAUUUAUGUCACCUACCAAAUUCGAAGUGUUGCCUUUGACAAGGAGUUCCAGGAACUUUACAGUGCUUUGUUCCAGCCCCUGGGUAUUUCACUGCCAGUUUUUCGGAAGAUCGUCUUGUGCUGUGAUGAAGAGGUCAUAACCUUGGAGAAGGAGCAUUGUUACGCCAUGCAGGGCAAAACACCAAUUGAUAAACUCUCCUUGCUUCUCUCCGGAAGGAUCAGAGUGACAGUAGAUGGGGAGUUUCUGCACUAUAUUUUCCCCCUCCAGUUUCUGGACUCACCUGAGUGGGAUUCACUGAGACCCACAGAAGAAGGCAUUUUUCAGGUAACACUCACAGCGGAAACAGACUGUCGAUACGUGGCCUGGAGAAGAAAAAAGUUGUAUUUGCUCUUUGCUAAACACCGAUUCAUUUCACGUCUGUUUUCUAUCCUGAUUGGGAAUGACAUUGCUGAUAAGCUUUAUGCUUUGAAUGACUUAAUGAACCUGGGGAAGAGAUUUCGAUAUGACAUCCGCUUGCCAAACUUCUAUCAUAUGUCCGUACUGGAUACACCUAAAAGACAACCUCCAGAGUUUCAGAGCAAUUCAAGACAACAUUGACAAAGGUUGUAAACUACAACUCUUGCUACAAAAUGAGAGAUUACUGUUCUUGCUGCUCCCUAGAUUGUAUCACUGUGGUGAUACAAUAAAAGCAAACUGAAAAUUCUCAUAAAGAAUUAAAAAAUAAAAAAUAAAAGCCCAUUUUUUCAUUGCAGUAAGAAGCAUCUAGUUUGGCUCUUUUUGUGGUAUGUAGAGGCUGCAGGUCACACAUCUUGUCUAAUUGUGAACUAUGAUUAUUUCCAUUUAUUCCU